GCCAUUCGUCGCAGAAAAAUCCGUGUGCGGGUUGCUUCCUGUCGCCCAGCAGGCACACCGCCGGCUCUGGGACAGUGUGAAUGUCCUUCGUGAAAUUUGACCGACGCUUCCAGUUGGCUCUGCAGUGCAGAGGUCUCGACGUCGCCGAAGAACGGGCCAAGCGCUCCUAAUCUCCCAGGAAACUGUUUUCCGUACAGCAACAUGGCGGCGCCCAUGUUCUCCUAGGACUAGAGAUUUCUUUGGCUCGGGCGUCUUUCGAGCUCUGCUUAUGAAAGGGUACCGUUUUCAUGGACACUUUUUACCUUUCAAGAUUGGAUGACUUCCUUCCUUGGAGCAUGUGGACCUGUGGGUAGACAUGAGGACCAAAGCAAUAAAGCUGUGGAGGGCCCCAAAGAUAGCAAGACGAUCAAAUCCGGGUUCCAGAUAAUGUCAAGUUACACCCUCUCUGGCCAAGUUGACUGAAAAAUUUGAAUCAUCAACUUUGAAGUUCAUAUUAAAACUUUGCAUUUUUCUUUAGAGCUGCUAUUUGUAUUGACCUGAGCAUGCUAAAUUCUCUUUGUAUAUUCGCGUUGUCAAGUCUGUGCACAUGAAGUGCCUGUGUACUGAAAUGCAGUACAUUGAAGAACUUGAUCUUCUAAGUUGAGUUCGACUUCAGAUUUCUAAUUCCCAGACUUUUUCUUAUGGUCAAAUGUCUGUGGUACAGCAGUUGUCGUCUGGUUGGUUACUGGAUCACUUUUCUUUCAUUAACAAGAUAAACUAUCAAGUUCGCCAGCCUCAUCAGCUUCCACACAGUAAAAAUGAGUCCACUCAUGUGCGCUCCGAUUGUCUUCAAUUGGCUACCACUGCUUCUGGGUCCUCUGCUCCCUUGACUGCUUCUGAUGCUAUCACUAAGCCGGAGAUGAGGGAUGGAGGAGACUGUGGAACAUUCACGCAGAAAUACGCUUUUCGAUCUGAUCUAUUUAAUAUUGUCAAACCUUACAUAACUCCAGUCGUGCAUGAAGAAGGCCGGCAGAGUAAUGGAGGAGAAGAUAUGGUGGACGCUGCUGGAAAAGGAAUUUCUGUUGCUAUUGUUGGGAAGAAGCGUAAGAGAAGCGUUGUUUUCAAUCAAGGCGAAUUAGAUGCAAUGGAAUACCAUACAAAGAUCAGAGAGCUGAUUCUGGAUGGCUCCUCACAGUUAAUCCAAGAAGGCCUCAAAAGUGGUUUUCUCUAUCAGCUUUCUGAAAAACGGGACAAGGGUAGCGAACCCAUUGCUUUACCGCUGGAUUCCUGCAGCUUGUCAGGACUGUGUGACCUGGCGAAGCGUUUGCCCCCUCUGAGUGAGAUGGGACAGCGGACACUGCAGUUGAUGGAAGAGGAUGCGUCUGUGGCAGAGCAGGAUUUAUUUUCGCGAGUCAUUGAAAACAACUCCAGCUUUUCAAAAAUGAUUACUUUAAUGGGACAGAAAUACCUGCUACCACCAAAAAGCAGUUUCCUUUUGUCCGAUAUUUCUUGUAUACAGCCACUUCUGAACUGUGGGAAAAUGUUUGAUGUAAUUGUGAUUGAUCCACCAUGGCAGAACAAAUCAGUUAAAAGAAGUAACAGGUACAGUUAUCUGUCACCACUGCAGAUACAGCAGAUCCCCGUCCCUCAGCUGGCCGCUCCUGACUGCCUGGUCAUCACGUGGGUGACCAAUAGGCAGAGGCACCUGCGCUUCGUGAGAGAUGAGCUGUACCCGUCAUGGUCUGUGGAGACGCUGGCCGAGUGGCACUGGGUUAAAAUCACCAAGACGGGAGAGUUUGUAUUCCCUUUAGAUUCGCCACACAAAAAACCGUAUGAAGGUCUUAUCCUGGGAAGAGUUCAGGGAAAAGCCAUUUUACCAUCAAGUUGCCCAGAGGUGAAGGUGCUGCCUCCUCCGGACGGCAAAGUGAUCGUCAGCGUGCCCUGCGCGCUCCACUCGCACAAGCCCCCUCUUGCAGAGGUUCUAAAAGACUAUAUCAAGCCCGGUGGGGAGUGUUUGGAAUUGUUUGCCCGAAGUUUACAGCCGGGCUGGACCAGCUGGGGCAACGAAGUUCUGAAAUUUCAGCACGUGGACUAUUUCGUGGCCCUCGAGCCCGGGUGCUGAGGUGGCCCGAAAGCCUCGGCGCUGCUGCGGCCCAGCCCUCCGGCCCUUUUCUUACCAGUGAGAUCUGCCUUCGUGUAAUCCCAAGACGGCUUUACCGCUGUGGCACUGAUAGCCCAGAAUCCCAGACCACAGUUAAAGAGGGAAGCGGUUAGAAUGAAGCUGCGGAGAAGCUGUUGAUUGGUUCCGAAGUCAUUUUGUGGACCACAGGUCAUAAUCCUGCCCUCGCAUGUGUUUUGUUUGACUCAAACAAACAGCAACAGCAACCAAAAAAAGAAAAGAAAAUACAGAAAAUUGUGAGUUAAAGUCCAGAAUUCUGCUUUUCUUUUUUUGGUGGCAGGAACCGAACUCAGGACCUUGGGCUUGCCAGGCAGGCGCUGCACUCUGAGCUGCACCCUCCACCCUCCUCUUUGAAUCUCACAAGCCACUGGUAUUCUGAGGCCUCUGCUUUUCCUGCCUCUGACACCUGCAUGGCCAGGUGGGGCCUGGAGCCACCUCCUCCGCCUCGUGAUUUAAGGGCCCCUGGCUGCCCUGCUCCUGGCCUCUGGGGUAAGGUGAGAUUGUGCAGCAGGGCUCCAGCGCUGCCCCGCCCAGUCCAGCCUCCCCAGGGUGAGGAGGCUGCAGCUGCUGGAAGAAUUACUUCCCAAGUACUUCCUGCUUUUGCUGGUUUUUCUAGAACAAAGUUAAAAGGUAGUCCUUAGAAGCACUGCUUAUAAUUGUGAAAAAGUCUAUAUAAAGACUUUUUUUUUAUUUACAGAUUUUCUACAAAUAAUUAUUUUUCUACUGAGUCAAAAACAUUUUUUCUUCAGUGAUGGUGGGGAUGAGACCCAGGCCUUGCUUAUGCCACGGAGCUGCACCCUGGCCCUGCUGAGUAAAAUAUUUUGACUGAAGUGAUAUUUUGAAAAGUAUGCUGAUUUAUUAUAUAUAAUCUUUUUAAUGUUCAGAUAGAGUUUUUACAUAGUGCAGUUCUCCGAUACACUGUGUAGCAGAGUGAGUUUUGAAAACAUGGACCAUUGUCUGCUCACCGCCAUAACACGACAGAAAACCUUCCCAUCCUGUGUCCCCUUGUGGUUGGUCUCUUCCCUCGUCCUGGGCCCUAACAAAUAGUGAUUUACUUUCUGUCACAAGUUUUAUUUGUUUAGAAUUUCAUAUAAAUCGAGUCAUAUAAUGUUUUGUCUUUUUAAAUUUUUUUUAACUUGGUAAUGUUAGAAAAGUAUAUUGUUGACAAAUUGUCCACAUACUUUUAUCUACUGAAUAAAAUGUUAGAUUGAAAUGAC